GCUUGUAUCAUAAGACUGCUCUACAUACAGACUUAACGUCCUGUUUGUGCUGGUCUUGAGAAGACGACGACUCCUUCGGUUCGUCUACAGUUUUAUCCGGAGCAAGGACCCUUGCGUCCUCAGGCACAUUAUCUGCAGGCUGAUCGUUUUGGCCGGCAGAACCUCUCUCAGGUGUGACCUCAGUUUUGAUCCGUGCUGGAUCUGCCAUUAUGACUCUUUCCCGAUGGCAGUUUCGGAUUCUACAACACACAUUGCUUUGUUACUAUCAUGAAUAUUAUCUAAUGAAGCGUUGAUUAUUGCUACACACUAAUCUAUGCCGAUUACCGAUACUGCCAACAUUACAGCAAACAAAGAUAAUUGUUAAUACUUAGUUCAUAUUUAGAAGGGUACUUACUUCAGAUGUCAACAACACAGCAGUUAAGCUAACGAUGCAGGGAAGCUAAUGCUAACGGUCGUUUGGUAUGAGGUAACGAUUUCGUGAGAAAGCUAGCACUACACAAUAAAUUACAAAUGUGUCGCUCAUGUGCUAACAAACUGUGUAAAAUAAUUUAACAAACGUUUAACUUUCAGAGUAAGAAUUACAGAAAGAGCAACUAGCUUCGACGCUGUUCAAUCUCAUUUCCGGUUCGUUUUUUGUUCAAACUUUAUUUACAACGAAAAUGAAAACAGCAGUAUUCAUUAAAAAAAAAGCCUUUAUUGAAAUAAAAUGAUUCUAAUAACAUGAUAUUAAUACACGAUUAAAAAGGGAGACGUGAAUACAAUGUUAUAUUUGGAAUACAUCGUACACGUGUUGAAAACAACUUAAAAGUUAAAUCAUAUUUUAUAGUAAAUAAGUAAAACCGACAGAAUUGCAAAUGGAGUACAACUCAAAUCAAACUAAUGUUGUAAGGUAAAAAAUAAUUUACAUCCGAUUUAAAUAUAUAUAUAUUUCUCAACACUACUGCUUGUUACCUCCUAACUAUUCAACGUCACCUGAUGUGCUAUUGUGAAAUGUUUCUGUUCACACCCAUUUGGGGAACAGCUUAUAGCGUAACAUUUACACAAAUUGUAGUUUUGUAGUUUUUUUUAGAAAAAAAAACAAAUAUUUGUAAUACAAUGAUACAGCUACACGAUAGUGUCCACUUGUAAGUAAGAAGUGGAACCAUCUUGCUCGAGCCCAUCGAGAGCAGCACCGGGAGGGAGCAAGAAGCACUUCAUGGUGCGGAAGAGCCCUUCUAGCAGCUCCGGGAGGAAGGAGCAGCUCACGGUGAGCUUUUAGGGGGGUCUUGUGUGUGUCUACGAGGGAUGCAAAAAGAGGGAGCAGUUUCGAGGAAGUGACGGACGCCGCUCAGGGGACUGGCCAAGAGGAAGUUUACUCCAUGGUGGCGGUGCCGUGUGCGCCUCAACGAAACUUUUCCCCUUUUCAGGCGCGCUCUAGCGACGCCGUGGAGCUGGCUGGCGAACGGAUAGAACAGCGUGGGGAAGCGUUUUUUUCUGUUUCCACGCCAUAUUAACAACACUGAGGAAUACCAAGUUGAGAUAGAAAAGGGGGUGCCUAGCAGGAAUUUCACAGUCAACCCCCCCGUCCUUCUUCGUUUUCUUAACGUAUCCGCAAUGGGGAAGGAGCAGGAGCUCCUCGAAGCGGCGCGUACGGGAAACCUGGCGGCGGUGGAGAAGCUUUUAUCCGGGAAACGACAGUCGGCUGGCAUCGGGGGCGGCUCGUACGGAACCGGUGGAAGUGGUAACAGCGGCGGCCACGCUGCCUCAUCGCAUCCGCUCUCGAGUCUGCUCAGUAUCUGGAGGGGUCCCAAUGUGAAUUGUGUGGACAGCACUGGCUACACUCCCCUACACCAUGCUGCCUUAAAUGGACACAGUGAGGUGGUGGAAUUGCUACUCCGAAACGAGGCCUUGACCAACAUAGCCGACAACAAAGGCUGCUACCCUCUGCACCUUGCAGCGUGGAAAGGAGACGAGCGCAUUGUUAGGCUGCUCAUCCAUCAAGGAUCUUCGCACCCCAGACUCAACGAACAGAGCUCUGUAGACCAUAAAGAGUUCAAACGCUGUGGGCCCUUUGACCCCUAUAUUAAUGCCAAGAACAAUGACAAUGAGACGCCACUGCACUGCGCCGCUCAGUAUGGGCAUUCACAAGUGGUGCGACUACUGCUGGAGGAGCUGACGGACCCAACCAUGAGAAAUAACAAAUUUGAGACGCCCCUGGAUCUCGCUGCACUGUAUGGCCGCCUAGAGGUGGUCAAGUUGCUUCUCAGUGCCCACCCCAAUCUGCUCAGCUGCAACACCAAAAAGCACACACCGCUGCAUCUGGCCUCCCGGAAUGGACAUCUGUCUGUCGUGGAGGUGCUGCUAGAUGCUGGCAUGGACAUUAACUACGAGACUGAGAAAGGCAGCGCACUCCACGAAGCAGCCCUGUUUGGGAAGAUGGACGUCGUGCAGAAGCUUCUCAGCGCAGGUAUCGAUGUGAACAUGUUGGAUCAGAAGGGCCUGACAGCGCUGGAUACCGUCAAAGACAUGCCCUCUCAGAAGAGCAGGGACAUAGCAGCGCUCAUCCAAGGUCUCGGAAAACCACCUGACAUUGACCUCCCUCCUCCACCAAUCCCUCCACCUCUGGAGAGUCCGACUCUGCGGAAAAAGGGUGAUCUGGAGAAAAUCAGCCAGCUGAUCUCAGGACUCGCCCCGGAGCCUGAGGAGGAGAGUCCUUAUGAAGCUCUGUUUGAAGCUACCUCUUGCCAUUCAUUUGACAGCCUGACUAGUGGUAAAUCCUCAGAUAGGGACUCCGGAAGACCAGACAGCGAAGCGGGGAAGAAAGAUCGUCUAGUACACUCAUCACAUGCUGCUCCUGGUCUCGAAGAAGAGGUGAGCUCAGAGGCUCUAUUCACCAAUAGCAGUGUUGAUGAGAGAGGAGAGCCUGCCGAGGAAGAGGAAGAUCACACAUAUGAGUUGUUGCUGACUGCUCAAACCAAAGUCCUACCACCAAGCCAAGAAGAUGGAAGUGCAUGUAUCCAGUCUUCCAACAGUGUCCUACCUCAGCGUCAAGUCAACACCCUAAAUGAUUCUGGACCACCAAGCUUGGCAAAAGAUACACUUCACCCUUCCGGACAGGUGGGACAGCGGGCAUCUGGAGAUAACUCCAAGCUCAUCCCAGAUCAGGGUGCAGGUGUCCCGGAACAGUUCACCGGUCUUCUUCACGGAUCUUCCCCCGUCUUUGACUGUCGCGAGGAGCCCUUCAGGGUUCCGGGUGUCCUGCCGCCCUGUCAGAGCCAGCCACAGCUGAGAGCCAAAGCGAAAGAGCAAGCGACUGCCGCGCCACCUACCCGUCCCAGUAUGGCCGCCAUCCUUACAGACUGCGAUCCGAAAGCUAUUUACGCCACUGUGAACAAGGAACCGAGGGACUUGGGGGCAAUGUCUGCCGGUAGGAUCCGCCCUCCCGGCGACCUGAAGCUGGCCCGCAGCCUCUCUAAGUCGGACUCGGAUUUGCUCGUGUCGCCUCCUAACGAGGAAGACGGAGGACUAGGGAAUCGAAGUGAAUCAGUUUCCAACUGUAGCAGCGGGAAGAAAAGGCUGGAGAAAUCGCCGUCGUUCACCUCAGAAUGGGACGAGCAGACAGUGGCGCCAUCUCCCAGCACAAACCCACCGGGCUCUAAUUCCUAUGACAGUAUUGAGAAAAUCAUGACGCUGAUUGGUGCUGGCAUCGACUUUUCCAGAGAUCAGCAAUACGCUACUCCAGGUGCCUCGGUCCGGCUGCUGGAGCAGUCGGUGGGGGACUGGCUGGAGCUGGUGGGGCUGCCGCAGUACGAGAGCAAGCUGCUCCUUAAUGGUUUUGACGAUCUUCAUUUCAUGGGUAGCAAUGUCAUGGAGGACCAGGACUUGAGAGAGAUUGGGAUCACAGACCCAGGCCACAGGAAGAAGAUCCUGCAUGCAGCGCGGUCCUUACCCAAGAUGAAAGCGCUGGGGUGUGACGGCAGCAACUCCCUCUCCUCCUGGCUAGAGAAUCUGGGUCUGAACGAGUACCUGCACAACUUCCUGACCAGUGGUUACCGCUCUUUAGACUGCGUCAAGAACCUUUGGGAACUGGAGAUUGUCAAUGUCCUAAAGAUCACGCUGCUUGGUCACAGGAAGCGCAUCAUUGCAUCAUUAGCCGAGAGGCCUUAUGAGGAACCUCCCAUCAAGCCGCCUCGAUUGUCUCAAAUCAGGAUGAAAGGUCAACAUUAUCAGGAAACUAUUUCACAUUGUCUGCAGUGCCAAGACCUCCCCGCCUCCCAGUCGCCAUCGUCUCUGGGUCAGGCGGAGUCCUACAUGAGCCACUCUAUGGAUCCUCUUCUGCCAGCAGGAGAACCUGUGAGGAAGAAAGUGCCAGAUAGCGACUACGACGUCACCCAGCGUCAUCGCAGCGAGCGGCGUAGAUCACAUGAACGGCAUGAUGAGCGACAUCGGGAACCUCGUCUGACUCUUCGACCCCCUAGUUUGGCUGCACCGUAUGCGCCAGUCCAGAAUUGGCAUCACCAGCCCGAAAAGCUCAUCUUUGAGUCCUGCGCCUAUGAAGCCAGUUACCUGGGUUCCAUGCUCAUAAAGGACUUACGGGGUACUGAAUCCACCCAGGAUGCUUGUGCAAAAAUGCGGAGGUCAACGGAACAGAUGAGAAAAGUCCCAACUAUUGUCCUCUCUAUCACAUACAAGGGUGUGAAGUUCAUUGAUGCAGCCAGCAAGAACAUCAUCGCAGAGCAUGAGAUCCGUAACAUUUCUUGUGCGGCCCAGGACCCAGAGGACUUGUGCACGUUUGCGUACAUCACCAAGGAUUUACAGACGAGCCACCAUUACUGUCACGUGUUCAGCACUGUAGACGUGAACCUAACAUAUGAGAUCAUACUAACACUGGGUCAAGCGUUCGAGGUGGCUUAUCAGCUGGCUCUGCAGGCCCAGAGGACCAAACAACACCAGAAUCACCCAGUCGGUGCUCCGUCAGAUAUCAUGGAGACCAUGUCCAGUCGACCUGUGCCCAAACCACGAGGCAGCGUUCGCAAAUUAGGGGGCGACCAUUUGGAACAGGAAGGAGAUUCCCAGUCCCAGAGCAGCGCCACGUGGCUCGUGGACCCCAAGGAACCCAAGCGUACAAUCAGCACUAACUGAACACAAAAAAGGACAACCCUGUUGCAUGACAGGUGGGAUGAUUUGUGGGGGAGGCAAAAGAGAGCCCCAUCUCGCAUUGGUGGAUCACCACAGUCAGGAAGCGGCUUGUUUUUACUUCCAUGGUUUGUCCGAAAGGUCUCCCAUCUUCUUAAAGCAGGGAGGUGUUUGUUUCUUUGUGCAAAAGCUUUAUCAUCUCAUCCUCGGCAUACUGUAUAUAACUGUGAUAAACAAUCUUGCACGGAGUGAUUCCUUAAUUUAACCAAACUAAAAUUCCAACAAGCAACACUACACAGACUGUUGUCAAGUUGUGCAACAGGCUUUUUGCAUUUAAACGUUUUGUGUGUUUUUAUUGUUCGAUAGGACAGUCGUCCUAAUGCAGGAACUUCAUUGAGUCUUCCUGCUUCUUUUGUUUAAUUAAUCUUGACAAGAUUAUUUAUCAAACCUGCCAUGCGGAAUGGUCCUUCGUUUUAGCUUUUAUUUUUAGUACAAAACCGAAAUAGGGAACAGCUUGUUGACUGUUAAUGGUACAUGCUGGUCAGCUGACCUGUAUAUGGGUACGUAAUCAGGGUGUGUUGAUGUACACCCGCUUGGCUAAUACUGUAUUUGGUACGACCAGUAGGGUUAAAUCUAUGGUACACUGUCUUUAACGCGCUGGUUGUCAGCACCUUCGAGCCUCAGCCUGGUCCGACCUGCCUUUGCACAUCACUAAGGAUCAGGAUAAAUAUUUUGGGAUGAAUCUGAUGAAAAAAAUGAUAUUGUACAUGAAUCUCGCUGUCUUUAUUUUGAUACUUGAAUGAUUUUGGCUUUUAUAGAUCUCUAUACAGUAUAUAUGUAUAUGUAUGUAUGUAAUUUUUGACUUUUGUCAAAAGAGAUUAAUAGGACUAUGUCUUCUAAAGUUCAACAUAUCUGGAUGUCCUGUGAUUUAAAGAGGCUGAGUGGAACACAAGAGGGACCUCAUUUCAAGAAAAAAAAAAGAUUGUACAUAAUCUUGGGCUUCCAUUUUUUUAAUGACUAUUUUUCAUAAAUGUACAACUAAUAAAUUUUGAGAAGUUUGUGAUGUUCUUGUGUUUUUUUUUUUCUUCUCUCCCUCAGAACCGGUGCAGGUAAACUGCAGAGGUUUAGAGAGCUGCCAGUGAAAUGCAAUCAAACCAGUUGGAUUAUUGCUGCCUUUAAUCAGAGCACUAAAUACUCAUGUUAAAGUGUCUGGGCAUUUACUGAAGUUAUGCAUCAUAGUGUGCAGGAAGCAACCAUCAGCACAAUCUCCUAAAAAUAUGUUUAGAUAUAUAUUUCCAUGAAAGCAUAAACUAUAAUUGGACAUAAUUACAUUAUUUUCCAGUCAUUUAGCCAACAAUAUACAUAUCAUUUUUAAUGCAUUGUGUUAUAAAUACCCCCACUCACC